AUGACGACGCUACUUUCAGCGCUCGUGCUUCUUGCACACUUGGCCUCCGUCCGCUCUCACGUUGGACACGGCCACCCCCAGACCGGGGCCGAGCAAGUGCCCUUGCUGGAUGUCCAAGACUUCGCGCCAUCCGGGUCUACUCCCCAGACCUGGUUGGAGAAGUACGGUCCUCAGAUUGAUCAGGCGUUCUCCGGGCCUCUGUCGUUUUCACACCUCCCUUACGCCCGAUGCCUAGAAGACGAAAACGCGGGAUUCGACAUUGCGCUGCUGGGCAUGCCGUUCGACACCGCAGUAACAUAUCGCCCAGGCGCACGCUUUGGACCCUACGCCAUCCGUUCAGGCAGCAGGCGGCAGCGCGAGACGCGGGGAUACACCCUUUCGUGGAAAAACAACCCCUACGAGCUUGGGUCGAGAAUCAUGGACUGUGGCGACGUGCCCGUGAACCCUUUUGACAAUGCACUGGCUGUCGACCAAAUGGAAGUUGCCUACUCGACGCUUCUGGAUCGCGCUCCCACCAGUUCCGACGUUUCUGGGGUCGCUUCGGUCACCCAGCGGUUCUCCAAGGACGGCAAAGCGCAUCCGCGGAUAGUGAGUCUUGGCGGAGACCAUACCAUCGUGCUCCCGAUCCUCCGCUCGCUCAACAAGGUUUACGGGCCCGUGUCGGUCAUCCACUUCGACGCCCACCUCGACACAUGGCCCGCAUACCCAGGCCCGGGCUCGGAGCAGUCUCGCGUCACCCACGGGACGUUCUUCUACCUCGCCAAGGAGGAGGGCCUCAUGACCAACACCAGCAUCCACGCCGGGAUCCGCUGCAAGCUCGCUGGCAUGGCUGACCUGGAAAACGACGAGGAGACCGGCUUCCAGCUCAUCUCCACGGACGACAUCGACGACUACGGCGUCGCCGCCAUCAUCAAGCGCAUCCGCGAGCGGAUCGGCGACUCCCCCGUCUACCUCAGCCUCGACAUCGACGUCAUCGACCCCGGCCUCGCGCCCGCCACCGGCACGCCCGAAGCAGGCGGAUGGACGACCCGUGAGGUGAAGAGGAUCAUCCGCGGCCUCGCCGGGCUCAACUUCGUCGGCGCAGACAUCGUCGAGGUCUCUCCCGCGUACGACAACGCCGAGAUUACGGGCAUCGCGGCCGCAGAUAUCGUGCAUGACUUCCUCUCCAUGCUUCUUUCGACCGAGCCGCCGACUGCGCACAGCACCUUCGCUCCAGCCAAGGAGCCCUGA